AUGCAAGACGACAGUUUAGAAUCCUCAACUUCAAUAUCUCAACUUCUGAGAGAAAGUUAUUUAGCUGAAACUAAACAUCAGGGGAAGAGUGAAAGAAGCAGAUCAGAACCAACUUCUCAUAACUUCCAUUAUGGCAACGCUUCUGGUGAUUCAGAUGAGGUAGCUGCCCAAGACGACCUUCCAGAUCUCUCUGCCUUUUUGAGCCAAGAAGAGUUACAUGAAAGUGUAAACCUGGCAAGACAAGCUAUUGAUCAGAAUCCACUGGAAACUAAACAGGAUGAGCUUCAGGCACAUUCACAGCAUCCCCCAGAGCAGCUGAAAAACACAGGAAAACACAAACAAAUGGCCCAGUCUACAGCUUUGAAAACAUCAGACAAUGGCCUGCACUCAAACUUUUGUCAGGACCAUGUCAGAAACACAAAGGGCUCCAAAGGGAGCUCUCAAGACCUAAAGAAACAACACCUUCCUUCUGAAUCAGAAUCAAAAAAGGAAUUCCUAAACAAGGCAGCAGAUUUUAUUGAGGAGCUCUCAUCACUUUUCAAAGCUCACAAUUCUGAAAGAAUAAGACCCCGAACAUGCAAAAACUACAGGAGCAAAAUUGAUUCUAAGAAUAAGUCUGCUCAAAAAGGUAACUCUAGCCUAUCUAAUACAUCAGAAAGCAGAGAAAGGCUUUCCAUUCCAGUACCUCAAGACUUGGAAAACAAAGCAGAGAAAACAUUUGAACAAACAGAUGAUCAACAGGCAGCAAACUUGGAAUCUAUCAAUCAAUUAACAAGUGCAGAGCUAAAAACAGAGUCAGAAUCUGCAUCUGUAUAUUCUGAUGAGCCUAUUGGACAACCACCACGCUUUACUCAAAAACUGAAGAGCAGGGAAGUUCCUGAAGGAACCAAAGUGCAAUUGGACUGCAUUGUGGUAGGAAUCCCAGCACCUGAAGUCAGGUGGUACUGUGAAGGGAAGGAGCUUGAAAACUCACCAGACAUUCAAAUUAUCCAGACAGGUGAUCAACACUCAUUGGUUAUUGUUGAAGCUUUUGAGGAGGAUACAGGACGUUACUCGUGCUUUGCUUCAAACAUCUAUGGAACAGACUCCACUUCUGCAGAGAUUUACAUAGAAGGAGUCUCUUCUUCUGAGUCUGAAGGUGAAAUCAUCAAAGACGAAAUGGAUCACAAACCAAAGCCAGCUGACACCUCCUCGAAUGCAGCAUGUCCUUCUGUUAGAACUGCAACCAAGCAUCAAGACACCUCCAAGGCACCAUCUGCUGUGGCUCAGCCUGUGUCUGUGCCUGUCCAGCCUGUGUCAACACCAGUUAAUCAGGCUCAAAGCCCCACUAACUAUUUGCAAGGACUGGAUGGAAGACCCAUAAUUGCUGCUCCUGUAUUUACAAAGAUGUUACAGGAUAUUUCAGCUUCUGAGGGGCAGCUUGUUGUCUUUGAAUGUCGGGUGAAAGGAGCUCCUUCCCCAAAGGUUGAAUGGUAUAGAGAAGGAACACUGAUAGAAGAUUCUCCAGAUUUUAGGAUAUUACAGAAAAAACCACGAUCUAUGGCUGAACCAGAGGAAAUUUGCACUCUCGUUAUUGCUGAAGUAUUUUCGGAAGAUUCUGGCAGUUUCACCUGUACUGCAAGCAAUAAAUAUGGCACAGUAUCUAGUAUAGCUCGUCUAACUGUCAAAGCAUCUGAAGACAGCAGUAACGCUGCUACCCUUCACACAAUGAGCUCCAUCAACUUAAUUGCUGCUGAACAUCAACCUCCCUCACGUAGCCCUUCCCAUCAUGUAGUAAAUCAAACGCCCAAACCUAAGCUUGAAGGUGUUCUUGUGAACCACAAUGAACCCAGAUCGAGUUCCAAGAUAGGUCUCCGUGUGCACUUCAAGCUGCCCGAAGAUGAUAAAGGAAGUGAAUUGUCACCAGAGGAUGGACCUGGCACUACAAACCAAAACAGAGCCAACUAUUUCCAGGAGAGGAUAAAUGGACAGCCAAUGAAAAUACCAGAGCCAACAUCGCCAUCCAAGGAACCCCCCCCAGUACUGGCUAAACCAAAGCUUGAUCAGACCCAGUUAAAACAGCUCCACAACCAGGUCUUGCUUGAACAACAGCAAGUGCAUCAGACAUCUUCAAGAGAGUUGUCAUUCAACACAGCUUUUUUAAAUUCUACUACUUCACUCCAUCAACAGUCCACCUCAACGACGUACAAACAAAGCAAAGCCUCUGCUUCACAAUCGUUUGGCUAUACCCGACCUAAGCAGUUCCUAUCAUCACAAACCACACUGCCUAUCAGCUCCUCUUCUAGCUCCUCAGUUACAACAUUCAGCAACGUCCCUCAAGGAACUCAAAGAACAAAUAAGGAAAAUUUCAUAGGAAAUCCUCCACCUGCCCAAUCAAGGUCUUCAGGAGGGUUUACAAGCAAAAGUGAACAGUCUCUACCAAGCCCUAAAGAAUCUGUGGUGCCUCCAUUAACGCUUUCUAUAUCUAGCGUAAAACAGUUUCAGCCGCAGAGUGUGACUCCUGCUCCUGUCUCCCCAACUGGCCGGAUUCAGAAUCCAGUAGCUUUCCUUAGCUCUGUUCUUCCUUCGCUUCCUACUGCACCAUCAACCAAUGCUAUGGGACUGCCCAGAAGUACACCAGCCACCCCGACCCAGGGAUUAACAAAGAAAAAUCUGAAGCCUCUGCCAUUAGCAACAGAUGAUUCUAUUCGGGAAAAUAAAGCUGCACUUGUAAAGGAUCUGGAAAGAAAACUGCAUUUCAGAGAGGCUGUUAAUCAACAAAGUAGUCAGCAGGAAUACAGGAUCUCAAGCUUUGAGCAGAGGCUGAUGAAUGAAAUAGAAUUUCGCCUUGAACGUACCCCAGUGGAUGAAUCAGACGAUGAAGUCCAACAUGAGGAAAUCCCUACAGGCAAAUACAUAGCACCGAUCUUUGAUAAGAGACUCAAGCAUUUUCGGGUAAUGGAAGGAUCUCCUAUUACAUUCACUUGCAAAAUAGUUGGAAUACCUGUUCCCAAGGUAUACUGGUUCAAGGAUGGCAAGCAGAUUUCAAAGAAAAACGCGCAUUUCAAAAUGAACAGAGAAGAAGACGGAACAUGUUCUUUACAUAUUGAAGCUUCUACUAAUGAUGACGAUGGCAACUAUACAAUUAUGGCUGCAAACCCACAAGGGAGAAUCAGUUGCUCAGGCCACCUGAUGGUUCAGAGUAUCCCUGUGCGGGGCCGAAUAUCAACAAUUCAGCCUCACAGAACACGACCCCGGGCACCAGAAGGAGACAAAGAAGCAGUUCAAGAACGCUUUUUCAGGCCAUACUUUCUACAGGCUCCAGGUGACAUGGUAGCACACGAAGGGCGCCUUUGUAGGUUGGAUUGUAAGGUGAGUGGGUUACCGACUCCAGACCUGACGUGGCUUCUGAACGGCAAACCUGUGCUACCAGACGGCACCCACAAGAUGCUGGUCAGAGAGACGGGAGUUCACUCUCUGCUUAUUGAUCCUCUCUCACAAAACGAUGCUGGAACUUACACUUGCCUUGCCACUAAUAAAACGGGACAAAAUUCAUUUAGUCUGGAGCUCACUGUUGUAGCAAAGGAAGUAAAAAAAGCCCCCAUGUUUUUGGAGAAGCUUCAGAACUGUGGUGUUCCUGAAGGGUACCCCGUCAGAUUAGAGUGCAGAGUUGUGGGAAUGCCACCUCCCAUAUUUUACUGGAAGAAGGAUAAUGAGACCAUCCCAUCAAACAGAGAGAGGAUGAGCAUGCAUCAAGAUACAACAGGGUACGCCUGCCUCCUGAUUCAACCUGCCAGGAAAGCAGAUGCUGGCUGGUAUACCUUGUCUGCAAAAAACGAAGCUGGUAUUGUCUCUUGUACUGCUAGACUUGACAUAUAUGCUCAGUGGCACCGUCAAAUUCCGCAACCCAUAAAGCUUCGACCUGGUGGCAGCCGGUAUGCAAACCUUACCGGUCAAGGACUCGACAUUUUUUCUACCUUCCCAACCACUGAAAGCCCUAUCCUGUUUUCAGCCCCAACCCAAAAGGUGGUGGAGAGUGAAGAACUUUGA